GUGAUUCGGAAACUGGUUCUAGAGAAGGCGGAGAUUCUCCUGGUGGCACCGUAUUGGCCCAGGAGACCGUGGUUCGCGGACCUUCGCGACCUGUCGGUGGCCCCUCCAUGGAGGAUUCCACGAGACAGAAUCUCCCUGUCCCAAGGCCCUCUCCUCCACCCAGAUCCACAGUGGCUUCAGUUAGCCGUUUGGAGGUUGAGCGGGAAAAACUAAAGGCAGAGGGUCUUUCGGCCCAGGUCAUCACUACCAUUAUGGCAGCUAGGCGUCCUUCCACCACUCGCAUUUAUAAUGCAACCUGGAACAGUUUUUCCAAAUGGUGCCGUCAAUCUUCUAUCAAUCCGCUCUCCCCUUCCGUUGCGCAGGUUCUGGCUUCCCUGCAAGAUGGUCUGGACAAGGGUCUUUCCCCCAACACUCUGAGAAGGCAGGUCUCGGCUCUUUCAACGAUGGUUUCUGGCGACUCGUCUGCACCACUCUCCCACCAUCCUCGUAUCAGGGCUUUUCUCAGGGGAGCUUCCAAUCUGCGCCCCCCAAUGGUUCAUAGAUACCCGACUUGGGACCUUAAUAAGGUCUUGACGGCGUUGACCAAGUCUCCCCUCGAGCCUCUCAGGGAAACUUCGCUUCAGUAUCUCACCCUUAAAGUGGUGUUCCUCGUGGCGAUUACUUCAGCAAGAAGGAUAUCUGAAAUUGCAGCUCUAUCCGUCAGAAAAGACCUGUGCAUUUUCUAUCCUGACCGGGUGAUUUUAAGGCCUGACCCUGUCUUUAUGCCAAAGAUUAAUUCGGCCUUUCACAGAGCACAGGAAUUGGUCCUGCCUAACUUUUGUCCGAAGCCUGUACGGGAGAAGGAACGGCAGUGGCACACCCUCGAUGUGCGCAGAGCUCUCC